AUGUACGUGGUCACUCUUUCCUGCAAUCCAACCAACAAGAAAAUAUUCAAUCUGACAUCAAUCUUCUACAUCUCAACCACAGUUGAACAAUUUCGAGCUUCUGGGCCCUCUCAAUGCUUCAACUGCCCAAACUUCGGCCACUCAUCAGCAAACUGUAAAUACUCCGCCCGCUGCGUCAAAUGCAGUGGUGCCCACCAAACAAGGGAAUGCACCAAAACCGUAGAAAAACCUCCAAAAUACUGCAACUAUGGAGGAGAACACACAGAAAACUUCAGACAAUGCCCUGUUUUCCUAGCUCAAAUGACCCUCAAAUCCAAAACAAACAACACAGCAGCUAAAUUAUCAUCACCAUCCAUUACGGAAAAUUCUACACCAUCAGUUAAGGAACUCAGCAAUUCAACCUCCUCUUGUGCAUCAACUACUGAAAACUACUCGGACAAACCUAACAGCAAUUCCAAAGAUUCACUGACCAAGCUUCUUAAAGAUACGGUACAAAAAGUAUCCUCAUCCACAGAUAUUAAGGAAACAAUCAUGUCGGCCCUCUCAGUCAUGGUCAUGAUUAUCCAAAAUGUCUAA